AGAAGAAGUUUUGGCCCGAUGAAUCCAUCAUGCGUUCAGCUAGUAACGUUAUGUCACAGAUUGUAAAUGAAGUGUGAGCUCAGUUUGAGCAGUGUAGGGGCCGUCUUGUGCUUGUCGUUUCACUGCACAAGUAAGUGUUACCAUUUCCUGUAACCGUAGAGAAAUUACUCUUUAAGAGAUUGAGCCAGUGAAUGUAAACAGUUAGCUACACGAUGUAGCUAGUUGAAAGCUAGCAUGUGUGUUUUCUAGAAGCGUCCGCACUUGACUGUUGCUAUGGUUACACUGUUUUCCUAAAGACCCCUGGCGCUGCUCUUUAUGCUUUUACACGUACACGUCUUCAGGGUUGUUAACGGGUAUAUUCAACAACAAAGUCGCAUUAAACUCCUGUCCCCGGACGCCUUAUUUAAGUUUGAAAGAAAGAUGGUGCAGCUGCAUGUGAAGCGUGGAGAUGAGAGCCUGUUUCUUUUCACCACCACUGUGGACGCGACUCUGGAGACGGUGAUACAGCAAAUUACAGCCAUUUACAACAGAAGACUCAAAGUGGACAGAAUAUGUUCAGAGAUCCCAGAACUGGCAGACCACGGCAUCACACUGCCACCCAACAUGCAGGGGCUGACAGAGGAGCAGAUUGUGGAGCUGAAACUGAGAGAUGAAUGGGAAGACAAGUGCGUGCCCAGCGGAGGGCCAGUAUUUAAGACGGAUGAGAUUGGGAGGAGGAACGGACAUGCUCCAAAUGAAAAAAUGAAAGAGGUUUUGAUGAGAACAGUGGAGGAGGCAAAGGCACUGAUCUCCAAAAAACAAGUUCAAGCUAAUGUUUGUGUCACCAUGGCGAUGGUAAAGGAAGCUCUGGAUCAGCUAAGGGGUGCGGUCAUGAUUGUAUACCCUAUGGGGCUACCUCCUCAUGACCCUAUCAGGAUGGAGUUUGAGGACCGGGAAGACCUUUCAGGAACACAGGCAUCUCUGCAGGUGAUCACAGAGGACGAGUGCCAGCUAUGGUGGGCUGCCAAAGAGAUGCAGAGGGGGAAAAAGCUGCAGGACUACAUUGGCAAAAAUGAAAAGACAAAGCUUGUGGUCAAAAUCCAAAAGAAAGGGCAGGGGGCACCAGCGAGAGAGCCUCUGAUCACUGAUGAGCAGCAGAAACAGAUGAUGAUGAGUUACCACAGGAGGCAGGAGGAGCUCAAGAAACUGGAGGAGGCAGACGAUGAUAGCUACCUGGACUCAAAGUGGUCUGACAGACAGGCCCUAAAAAAACAGUUUCAAGGCCUCACCAACAUCAAGUGGGGACCGAGAUAGACCACCUGUCAGAUUCCCACCUUGGAUCUGCAGCUCCAACCGGGUCCUUUACAGCUCUAUAUGCAACUCAGAUGCCUUAUCAUAAUCCUGAAAUCUGUCUGUGUUAUUUGAAGUCUUCCAGAGAAUAUUAUGCACAGGAUAUGUUUUCAUAUGCCUCGGAGUAGAUGCAUUUCUGCACUGAAAUGUGAAGAAGACAUUUGGACCCAUUGUAUGACAGAACAGGUGACAGGAUGUCACAUGGAGACUGAUAAACGUGAUAAAACCUUUUUAUUUGAAAUUUAAUGUACUUUACAGAUUGUUUUAACGCUGUUGGAAAGUAAAAUGUUUAUUAAAGCUGUGCAAACAAAA